GGUGGACAAAGUAGUGGCGUCCACAGUGGAGCAGAGGUCACAACAGUCUGGUUAGUAAAUCAGUGAAGUAGACACAGCUUACCAUGUGUGCUGCGGCUCUGGAAGAAUACUGCGGGUCUGUCUUUUGGAAUGCAUCCUAUUUGGACAGAGAUGACCCAGAUCUGCCAAUCUGUGUGGAACAGACAGUUCUGGUCUGGAUCCCUCUAGGGUUCAUGUGGCUCUGUGCUCCAUGGAACCUCAUGCCUCUAUGCAGAAGAUCACAAGUAAAUAAAAAACAUUGGACUAAGCUCUACUUCUGCAAACAGCUUGUGGUGAUUUUGUUGUUCCUAACGGCCAUUGGAGGCCUGACUGUCACGUUAGUAGAGGAUUUUGGUCCAAACAGUUCAGGAGAGAAAAGUCCAGCUGUAUACUACACAAACCCGGUCCUAUUUGCUGUCACAUGGAUCCUUCUGCUGUUGUGUCAGGAAGGAUUGAGGAGAAAGGAAAGAGCAGUAGAUUCUGCUUCUCUUUUCAUUUUCUGGCUUCUCCUUGUUCUGUGUGACAUUUUCCCUUUCCAGACCCUCCUACGGGAAGCUCUUAGGCUGGGAGAGGUCAGAGAUAUUCCUCGUUUCUCUCUUUUCUACAUUUCCUUUGGACUGGAGGUGAUUGCAUUCAUUCUCUCUGCUGUGGCAGACAUCCCUCAAGAUGCAAAGGAGCUUGUAAAAAAGAAUCCAGAGGCAGGGGCAACAUUCAUGAGCAGAAUCACUUUCAACUGGUUCAACAGCAUGGUGUUGAAGGGCUAUCAAUCCCCCCUGGUUCAGGAGGACAUGUGGGACCUGAAUGAGGUUGACAACACCGCCUAUAUCGGCCAGCGUUUUAAUCAUCACAUGCAGAACGAGUUGGGUCUGGCUCGGAUCCGAUUACAGAAUAAGUUAAAGAAUAAUCUGAUCCAAAAUCAAGAGAAAGAAGUGAAGGAGGAUUCUCUAAGCGAUCGCCUGGGGAAAGGUGUAAGUCAGGAGGUACUGAUGAUGGAGGAAAAAGAUAAUAUAAAGAAGAAGAAAAAGGAGAAAAACAAGAAGAAAAUAGAUUAUCCAAAGUCAUGGCUGGUUAUCACCAUUUACAAGACAUUUAAAUGGAUUCUCUUUGAAGCUGCCUUCUUCAAACUUCUGCAGGACCUUCUGGCAUUUGUUAGUCCUCAACUCCUAAAGUUGAUGAUCUCCUUCACCAAGCAAAAAUCCAGAUAUGCUUGGGAAGGAUAUUUGUAUGCAGUGCUGCUGCUGGUGGUGGCUAUACUGCAAUCUCUGUUCUUGCAACAGUAUGUUAAACGAUGCUUCGUUCUGGGGAUGAAAGUUCGAGCCGCACUUAUGGCUGUGAUUUACAAAAAGGCAUUGGUGAUGUCCAAUGAUAACCGUAAAGAGUCAACAGUCGGGGAAACAGUGAACCUCAUGUCAGCAGAUACCCAGCGCUUUAACGAAGUGACCAACUUUAUCCACCUGCUGUGGUCCUGCCCUCUGCAGAUCAUUGUGUCCAUUGUUUUCUUGUGGAUGGAAUUGGGACCUUCAACACUGGCGGGGCUUGCAGUAAUGGUGUUAUUGGUGCCAAUUAAUGGACUGCUGGCUACCAAGGCCAAAAACCUUCAGACAGAAAACAUGAAGUCCAAAGACAAGAGGUUGAAAAUAAUGAAUGAAUUGCUCAAUGGAAUCAAGACAAUUAAACUGUUUGCAUGGGAGCCAUCUUUCCAGACCCAAGUUGAAGAUAUCAGAGGAGAAGAACUGAAGGUGAUGAGGAAGUUUGCCUAUCUAACAUCCUUCUCAACCUUCAUCUCCAACUGUGCCCCAGCUCUGGUUUCUCUCGCUACGUUUGCUGUGUUCGUUGCUGUGAGCUCAGACAACAUGCUAACUGCUGAGAAAGCCUUCACUUCAAUCUCUCUAUUCAACAUCCUUAGAAAUCCACUAAGCAUGCUUCCAAUGCUCAUUGCUUCCAUUGUGCAAACAAUAGUAUCCAAAAAGAGACUAGAGAGGUUUCUUGGAGGAGAUGAUCUUCGCAAUGACAUUGUGCGUCAUGACCCUAGUUUUAACUCUGCUGUCAGCAUAUGUGAUGGUUCCUUUGCCUGGGAAAAAGACUCUGAGCCUCUACUUAAAAACGUGUCACUGGACAUUAAGCCUGGUGGGCUGGUGGCUAUAGUAGGAGCAGUGGGCUCAGGAAAAUCCUCACUUUUGUCAGCUCUUUUGGGAGAGAUGCAUUGCACCAAAGGUUUCAUUAACAUCCAGGGCUCCCUUGCAUUUGUACCACAGCAAGCCUGGAUCCAAAACGCCACUCUGCGUUAUAACAUCUUGUUUGGCUCUCCCUAUGAAGAAAGGAGAUUUCAGGAGGUACUGGAGGCCUGUGCUCUUGGCCCUGACCUUAAGCUGCUUCCUGCAAGAGACCUUACUGAGAUUGGAGAAAAGGGUAUCAACCUUUCAGGAGGUCAGAAACAGCGUGUCAGCUUGGCCAGAGCAGUUUACAGUGAGGCUGAUGUUUUUCUAUUAGAUGACCCCCUCUCUGCUGUGGACUCUCAUGUUGGAAAGCAUCUGUUUGAUAAAGUUAUUGGACCCAACGGACUUCUUAAAAACAAGACUCGUAUCUUGGUAACACAUGGUGUCAGUUUCCUUCCUUACGUAGAUGAAGUUGUGGUUAUGGUGAAUGGACAAGUUUCCGAAGUUGGAUCCUACCAGAUCCUCCGUGCCUCUAAAGGAGUUUUCUCUGAAGUUCUAGAUGCAUAUGCCAAAGAGCAAAGUAAUGACAGAAGUUCAGAGGAAGAGGAACAUCUUGAUACAGAAGACUCUGAGCUCUGCCCUGACACAGAGGAGAGUCGGCUAGUCUUCCGUUUGGAGGAUCGUGUUUCUCUUGCACUAAGGAGAGAAAACAGCAUCAAACGGAAUCAGAGAGGAAAAAGAAGCAGUUUCAGAUUAAGGAAAAACAGAAGUUUAAAAACACCUGAAAACACAAUGAAAGGCCAGAGGCUAAUUGAGAAGGAGACAAUGGAAACAGGGCAGGUUAAAUUCUCAGUCUAUCUGCAGUAUGUGCGGGCCAUGGGCUGGGGAAAUGCUCUUUGGAUCCUCCUCAUCUAUUUUACGCAGAGUGUUGCUUUCAUUGGUCAAAACCUGUGGCUGAGUGACUGGACCAAUGAUGCAGUGGACUAUUACAACCUGACAUACCCUUCUUGGAAAAGAGACACCAGGGUGGGGGUAUUUGGUGCUCUUGGAAUGGCACAGGGGUUAUUUGUUUUCCUUGGUACACUGCUCCUGGCCAAUGCUGCAGUCAACGCAUCUCAAAUUCUACAUUUGCGACUACUUAACAACAUCCUAAGAGUUCCCAUGGUUUUUUUUGACACCACACCUGUCGGAAGAAUCCUUAAUCGAUUUGCAAAGGACAUAUUCACAAUAGAUGAGGCCAUUCCAAAGCUUUUCAGCUCCUGGAUCAUGUGUCUUCUGGGUAUACUGGGGACGCUGAUUAUCCUCUGUCUUUCCACUCCUUUCUUUAUCGUUGUCAUCAUUCCUCUAGCUGUGAUCUACUUCUUUGUACAGCGAUUCUACAUAGCAACCUCCCGACAAUUACGUCGCCUGGAGUCAAUAACUCGCUCUCCUAUAUAUGCUCACUUUGGUGAGACUGUAUCGGGUUUAAGUGUAAUAAGAGCCUACAACCAUCAAGAGCGGUUUCUUAAACACAAUGAAGUAACCAUCGAUGAAAACCUGAAAAGCAUCUAUUCAAGGAUCAUGUCGAACAGAUGGAUGGCCAUCCGUCUGCAGUUUCUUGGAAACCUCGUGGUCUUUUUUGCUGCACUAUUUGCUGUCAUUUCUAGAAACACCAUUGAUAGUGGCCUUGUUGGUCUUUCUAUAUCAUAUGCUCUCAAUGUUACUCUAACCCUCAACAUGGUGGUGAGGAUAACCUCAGAGCUGGAGACUAAUAUCGUUUGUGUGGAGAGAGUCAGUGAAUACUCUGUACAAGAGAAUGAGGCUCCAUGGGUGACUCAGCAUACACCAUCAGACCGGUGGCCCGAGGCAGGAAGGAUCCAGUUUGUAGAAUAUAAAGUCCGUUACAGACCUGAACUGGACCUGGUCCUGAAAGGGAUUACCUGUGACAUCGCCGGCAAAGAGAAGAUUGGUAUAGUUGGUCGCACUGGAGCUGGAAAAUCAAGCUUGACUAACUGCCUGUUUCGCAUUAUCGAAGCAGCUGACGGUCGUAUCCUCAUUGAUGGUCUAGAUAUCUCCACAAUUGGGCUGCAUGAUCUAAGAAAGAGGCUCACAAUCAUCCCACAGGAUCCAGUCUUGUUCUCUGGAACUUUGAGGAGGAACUUGGAUCCAUUUGACAAAUUCAGUGAUGAGGACAUGUGGAGAGUCCUGGAACUCUCUCAUCUGAAGGAUUAUGUAACUGGGCUCAAGGAAGGAUUGCAGCAUGAGGUUGCAGAAGGAGGAGAAAACCUCAGUGUUGGACAGCGGCAGCUGCUGUGUCUGGCUCGAGCUCUGCUUAGAAAGUCUCGGAUCCUGAUUCUGGAUGAAGCUACAGCAGCGAUUGACCUGGAAACAGACAACCUGAUUCAAAAUACCAUCAGCAAGGAGUUCUCCCAAUGCACGGUGCUCACCAUUGCCCACCGCCUGCACAGCAUCAUGGACAGCUCCAGGGUGAUGGUCCUUGAUGCUGGUCAAAUUGUGGAAUUUGAUUCUCCAAGCAAUCUGAUGGAAAAACGAGGCCAUUUUUACUCAAUGGCAAAGGAUGCUGGGAUAACACAUAAUAACUUUACAAUUUUAUAACUAUUUUUUCUGUAUGUUUUUUCUUUGCUUUGUUUCAGGGCCAAAAAUCAUCUUUAAUUUAUAAUUAUAGCUGAAAAACUUAAACUGUAUAACUUUUUUUUUUAUUAACUCUUCACUUUCUAGUGUUUAAAUAUACUUCAUAUUCCAAAGGGGGUUGCCAGCAGGUUGAAUUCUCACAGUAUUUCUGCCUUCACAAACAGACAAAGAUUCUGCUUCAGCUGUUUGGUGCUGACCCAAAACAGGUUGGUCAAUCCUGUUGCAGUAUUAUGGUUUUAAGACUUAUAGCUGUGACGAAAGCAAGAGCUACCGAGCCCACAGCUAAACCAAAAUGCACAGAAGGAUCCACCCGUAGCUGCUGCUAUCACAUCUGUGUCAGAGUUCAUGAUUUGUUAGAGUACUAAUCCUGAGUCCUACACAUGUCAGGUUGGGGGUCAUGGUCAAUUUCUAAAAAUCAGAUUCUUUUCUGGAUUCUAAGAUAUGAGUAAGGCGGAUCCUGGUGCUCAUAGUCAUAAGAGAGCGGAUCUGAAAAGUCAAUGACUUGAUGCAAUUAGCCAAGUUUCCUUAUAUAGAAACUUUUUGACCAAUCAGACUGUAUGAGUUCAUUGAAUUGUCUGUAAUGUAAUCUAAGUUUGUUAGGUUGAUUGUUCAUCUAAAGUACCCUUUGGUCUGAGUGUCUGAAUGCAUUGAUGUUUGUCUCUGUGUUAACCUGCUAUGGACCUGCAUUCUGUCCAUGGUUUUCCAUGCCUUUCUGAAAUUGUCUCAUAGUCUAGGCCAUUUUAGCCUGGUAGUUUGCUGUUUGCUUAGUUUGCUUAGUGUGCAGUGAGUUUGUUCCCACUGUAUUGACCUGCUGUGCUUACAUCAAAAUUAGACCCUUUAACAAGGAUUGUACCAUGUGUUAAUGAUGCAAUUAAAGUGAAUGUAAUUGAA